AUGAGUACCGCCCGUGAGAAUCAGAAGUUUAAGGAGUUAAAUAUAUCGAAGGAAACAUUGAAAGCAGUAAAGAACAUGGGUUUUAGGCAAAUGACCGAUAUACAAAAUGAAGUCAUACCUAAAGCACUAGAUGGAUCCGAUAUUGUUGCUACGGCGAAAACUGGUUCUGGCAAAACUUUGUCAUUUUUAAUACCAGCCAUUGAAAUGGUGACUAAAUUUAAGCAAAAACAAGCAACCUUUUGUAUUAUUGUGUCUCCUACAAGAGAACUUGCAAUACAAACUCAUUCAGUUUUAGAAGAUAUUCUUGGUUUUCAUGAUAACUUAACAUCAGCACUUAUAAUUGGGGGAGAAAAUAGACAAGCGCAAAGUAUUCAACUAUCUAAAGGUGUUCACAUAGUUAUUGCAACUCCUGGGAGACUUUUUGAUCAUAUGCGAACCAAAGAGUUUGAGUAUAAAAAUGUUUGUUGUCUCAUUUUGGAUGAAGCUGAUAAAAUAUUUCAGUAUGGUUUUGAAGAAGACUUGAAACAGAUUAUCAAUAGACUUCCAAAAAAUAGACAGACAAUGUUAUUCAGUGCUACACAUUCAGAAACAACAGAAGCAUUAAUAAAGUCUGCUAUGAAGGAUGAUUUUCAUACCAUCAACACAAAUGAAGAUAAUGACAGAGCAACAGUUGAAGGACUUAAACAAGGGUAUGCAAUAUGUGACACAGAAUAUAGAUUGUUUUGGUUGCAUAAAUUGUUGAAAAAGACCCAAAAUCAGAAAUUAAUGGUAUUUUUUUCAAGUUGUAAAUCAGUAGUGUUUCAUCAUGAAUUUUUAACAAAGUAUUGCAAUAUGUCAGUUCUUUGCAUACAUGGUAAAAUGAACCAAGGAGACAGAACAAGUGUAAUUUCUGAAUUCUACAGAGCUGAUAAAAUGGCUCUUUUCUGCACAGAUUUGGCAGCAAGAGGGUUAGACAUACCUGCUGUAGAUUGGAUUGUGCAGUUUGAUCCUCCUUCUGAUACCAAUGAAUAUAUUCACAGGGUAGGAAGAACUGCAAGAGGACUUGGGGCAGAAGGCAGAGCAGUUUUAUUGCUAAGGCCUGAAGAACUAGAAUUCAUAAGUUAUCUUAAAGAGGCAAAAGUUUUCUUGGACAAAUAUGAGACAUGGGAGAAAUUCAGUAAUCUACAGCCAAAGAUAGAAGAAGCAAUGCUAUAUCCACAAUUUAAUAAGAUGGCUGUAGAAGCAUUUGAGGGUUACAUUAGAGCACUUGAAGUGAAAAAAUUGAAGCAUGUUUUCAAUGUGCUAAGCAUGGAUAUGAGCGCAGUCGCAAAGUCCUUUGGUCUGAAAGAAAAGCCUGAUGUUGAUAUCCGGGUUGGUUUCAACAAGAAACACAGAUCAAGGAAGAGAAAAAUGGCUGCACUUACAUAG